AGUUCUGGAAUCGGGGAGGGGAUCACUAAACUGUUCUCUAUAUUAGGGGCCAAUGUUGUGGUCACCGGUAGGAAAGCCGAUGACGUCCAGAGAGUCGCCAAAGAAGUGCAGGAUUUGUCGCCAAAGAAACUAAAACCAUUAGAAGUGGUCGGAGAUCUCACCAAAACUGAAUUCAUCAACACUUUGAUCGCAAAUACUAUUAAAACGUUUGGAAAGUUAGAUGUUUUGGUGAACAACGCCGCCUCUGUAACGGCAAAAGCCUGCUUAGAUAUGUUGACUCGAAUACUGGCCCUCGAAUUGGGACCCAAAGGCAUUCAUAUCGCCAAAGGAGUGGUAUUCCUGGCCUCAAGUGAUGCCUCAUUCAUAACCGGCGCUAAUCUGGUGGUCGAUGGCGGGGAG